AAACCACGUAAACAGACCUCUGUGUCCUUUUCUGCAUCAACAUGAAUCACCCAUGUCUUAAAUAUAAACCUUGAUGACCCCCUUUGGCCCUGCCUUGAAAUUUGAACUGUGGCUUUGUGUUCUUAAGCUUUUAUCAAUGGCGCUUGGAAGAGUUGGCAAAAAUUUCAUGGCUCCUCUUCUAGCAGUGAACCUGGUGGUUCAUGUCAUCGUUGUUGGAUUGGCUGGUUGGUCACUUGAUAAGUACAUCGACGGCGAACAAAAUCACCCGCAUUUGGGAGGGAAUACAUCGACUAGCUUUAUGUUGAUCUUUGCUCUUAUUGCUGGAACGUUUGGUGCUUGCUCUGUGAUCAUAGGCAUGAUGCAUCUACGGGCAUGGCAGCACGAAAGCCAUGCUGCUGCAGCUUCUGUAGCCAUCAUUUCCUGGGCUCUGAUAGCACUUGCUUUCGGUGUUGUAUGCAAGGAGGUCAUAUUAGGGGGACACCGAGGAAAACGAUUGCAAACGUUGGAACUUUUUAUUGCAAUCUCACUGCUAAGUCAAUUGCUGUACUUGGUGCUACUGAAUACUGGGAUGUUCAAGAGGAGAUAUGGACCAACUGUUAUAUAAGCUAUGUGCCUCCUAAUUGCUACGCUUUGUUUUGUGAAUGUGCUUUUAGUAACUUGUAAAUUUUAGUAUUUUACAAUGUACAUUUUGCUUGCCGGAGCAUCAAAGAAAUACCAAUGAAUGCAGCAAUAUG